AUGUUUGCUGAAAAUGUGAUUGAAUCAAAUUACGCAAUUUCCGGUAGAAUUAUGGGUAAUUGGGGGAUGCCAAAUAUUUAUAAUUACACUCGACACGUUGGAAAUAAUGCUAUUUGGGAUUGUUAUAACUUGAAUAAUACUUGGACCUUUAUUAAGAAUAAUUAUCCAAAAGAGCUUGAUGUCAUAGAAAGUACAUGUAAUCAAGAAGGUAAUAUAUCAACGAGACACGGUAGUUCCAAGUAUAAUGCCGAACCGAUACUCGCAUUAACAUCAUAUUAUUUAGAACUUUCUUACAACAAUGAUGAUGAUAAUUUCUGUAAUAAAGAAGACGAAGGAGAAGAAGAAGCAGAUAGAGGACAAUUAUCAUCAAUGAUAAAAAUAACACCACCAAUAAUAACUUUGACGCCUAUAACAACUUCACUUAUAGAAACUUCAUCAACUGGUAUAAUAAGUAAUAAUCCUUUUAUUCCUACAAGUGAAGGUUGCAUUUCAAAAAUGAUUGAAAAAUUUUAUCUAACUCCUUCCGAAAAACAAUUAAUUGGUAAUAUUGGUGAUACUGGUGACAUUGGUCAUAUUGGCGUCCUCAGGAAGCUUGAGUAG